UUGUUUUACCUCUGUUAGGCAGCCUGUGCUGCGGCCGGGGAACACCCAGGCUUGCCUUCAGUGAGCAAACGUGGAUUUUAGCAACAAACAGCACAGUAGCCAGGACUGCAGAACCCACCUAAGAAAUGGAGUAAUUCCCAGGCCAUUAACCUCUGCUGGUCUCUGAGCUGCCUACUGGUACAAAGCUAGCAAAUUCAAAAUGACUUCGGUUUUUCUGCCUUAGGUGCAGUUGCACUGUUGACUGCAGCGCAGAUAUGGUUGUAGUUGUCGUUGCCCUUCUUGAAAUCAUAGUAGGAACAGCUUUGCUUUAUACCGAACAUAGUUUAUUUGGUACGUUUAAGGAGUCCUGUUGGCAAAAGCUGUAGCAAGACCUCUUCUGAUACCCAGCGGUUUAGUAUGUGCUCAAUAUUGGGUUUGUCUGCAUUGCACAGUAAAAUGCUGUUGUAGUUGUUUGCCAGUUAGCUAUAUUAUAACUAGUUUCAGCACUGAGAGGCUGGAGAUAAAAGCAGCCUCAUUUAGGCCUCACCUUUAUUAGUACUUGAACAAAGUAGGUUAUUGUUAGUUCAGGUUGUCCUACAGUCACGCAUCUGGAGUGUCUUGUAAAAGUAGCUUAGCAUACUGCACCUGAAAAUGGCAGUAGUGGAUGCUCAAAGAUGAGAUGCAUAGAGGUUAAUAACAGAUGAAGAGACAUAUAGAGGAGGAUCACAAAAAACUCUGUGGCCAAGAGCCCUGCCCUUGUCUUGAAACAGGAUUCUUUACUGCUGCGUAGUUCUAGGACGUGGGGUUUGCUGCCUUUCAAGAGAGCAUGUUAGCAGUUGACGCGUGAUCAUUUUUUCCUCAAGCAAAACAGUAGUUCUUCACUCCUGCACCUGCUAUUUCUUUGCGCUCCUCUUGCCAGCUGUAAAGAGCGUUUUACCCCUUUUGGGCAACAGAAUUACGUUAGCUACCAACCACUGUGUGUCCUGAAGCAGAAUGGUGACAAGCAGAGGGCCUGCAGUUGCUGAGGCUCUUGGAGAAGCUUGUCACUGCCAUUCCUCAGGCUGGCAGGCAGCCAUAGUGCUGUGUCUGGAUGUAAGCUUUACAAUGAGCAAUGCUGCUCCUGGUGAGGAGUCUCCACUUGAACAAGCCAAGAAGGUUAUGACAAAGUUUGUGCAGCGACAGGUUUUUGCUGAAAGUAAAGAUGAAGUCGCUGUAGUGUUGUUUGGCACAGAUGGUACUAGGAAUGACCUUGCUAGUGGGGAUCAAUAUCAAAACAUUACUGUACAUAGAUCACUGAUGCUGCCAGAUUUUGACUUGCUGGAGGAUAUUCAAAAUGUGAUUCAACCAGGCUCUGAGCAAGCAGACUUUCUGGAUGCAAUUAUUGUGUGCAUGGACUUGCUUCAGAAGCAAACAAUAGGAAAGAAGUGUGAGAAGAGACACAUAGAACUGUUUACAGACCUUAGCAGUCCUGUCAGCGAGGAUCAGUUGGAAAUUAUCGUCGCUAACUUGAAGAAAACAGGAACUUUGCUUCAAUUUUUCCUACCAUUUUCAGUUGAUGCUGAUGAUGGAGGUGGAGAUGCAAGUGCCAGUGCACAUUCUCAUGAGCAGAGAAACUCUUUUGCGAGAAAGGGGAUAACUGAGCAGCAGAAGGAAGGCAUCCAUGUGAUCAAGAAACUGAUGCAUACUUUGGAUGAAGGAGGAGGACUGGAAGAAAUUUACACUUUCAGAGAGAGCCUGGAACGUCUUUCCAUGUUCAAGAAAAUGGAAAGAAGACCUACGGCUUGGCCCUGCCAUUUGACUAUUGGUUCUAAUUUGUCUAUAAGGAUUGUGGCCUACAAAGCACUUACAGAAGAGAAGGUGAAAAAAACUUGGACAAUUGUAGACGCUAAAACUCUCAGAAGAGACGAUGUGCAAAAAGAAACUGUUUACUGCUUAAAUGAUGAUGACGAGACGGAAAUUCAAAAAGAUGAUACUAUUCAAGGGUUUCGCUAUGGGAGUGAUAUAGUUCCUUUUUCCAAAGUAGAUGAAGAACAAAUGAAAUACAAAACGGAAGCAAAAUGUUUUUCUGUUUUGGGAUUCAGCAGAUCCUCUCAGAUCCGGAGGCAGUACUACAUGGGCAGCCAGGUUCUCAAGGUCUUUGCAGCAAAAGAUGAUGAGAAUGCAGCAGUUGCUUUUUCUGCCCUUAUCCAUGCAUUGGCCGAGUUGAAAGUAGUGGCCAUAGUGCGUUAUGCUUAUGAUAGAAGAAGUAACCCACAAAUUGGCGUAGCCUUUCCAUAUAUUAAGGAUGCAUAUGAGUGUCUCAUCUACGUGCAGCUACCCUACAUGGAAGACUUAAGACAGUACAUGUUUUCCUCCUUGAAAAACAACAGAAAAUAUAUUCCUACAGCGGAUCAGCUAUCUGCAGUUGACUCACUGAUUGAUUCUAUGAAUUUGAUUUAUGAAGAUGAUGAUGGAGAAAGUUUUGAGGACCUGUUUAAGCCCAGCAAAAUCCCAAACCCUCAUUUUCAGAGAUUAUACCAGUGCUUGCAGCAUAAGGCUUUUUACCCCAAUGAACCAUUGCCGCCAAUUGAACCGCACCUUUUAGAGAUGCUGGAGAUGCCCUCUGUAGUAAAAGAAAGGUGCCAGGCUCCUCUUGAAAAAAUAAAAGCGCUCUUCCCCCUGAAGGAUGUUGGCAAGAAAAAAGAAGGCAAGACUGCUCAAGACAUCUUCAAAGAUAACAAUGAGGAUGAACCCAACCCUAAGAAGCCAAAAACUGAAAAUGAAGAAGGUGGCUUUAGCAUCAUAAGCAUUGCUGAAGGCAAUGUCACCUCUGUUGGCAGUGUUAACCCAGCAAAAGACUUCCAGAUUCUGGUAAGGCAGAAAAAUGCUGUCUUCAACGAAGUGAGUCAGCAGUUGAUAAACCGCAUUGAUCAAUUUUUGGAAAAUAAAGGUUCACAGUAUUACAUGAAAGCCAUCAAUUGUAUCAAAGUUUUCAGAGAGGAGGCCAUAAAGCUGUCCAAGGUGCAGUCUUUUAAUGAUUUUCUGCAGGCCCUGAAGUCAAAGGUGGACGAUAAAGCCUUAGCUGAUUUCUGGGAGAUAGUGAUGCAAGACAGAAUUUCUUUGAUCACUAAAGAUGAAGCAGGGGGAAGUUUGGUGACUAGUGAAGAAGCUGAAAAGUUCUUGGCCCCGAAAGAAAAGCAAAAUGCAACUCUGCCUGCCACAGAUGAAGGUGGUGACGUUGAUGAUUUGCUGGACAUGAUGUAACUGGGCACUACAAGGUGACCAUACUGGUGAAGGUUUGGAAGAGAUCUCCCUGUGAGAUGGGACACGAAACAAGAUGCCAAGGAGAAGACAGUAUAUCCGUCUUUAUCUUCUUAAAUGAGAACAGAAGUCCCAGAGACAUUUCCAGUUGGUAUACUUGUCAUCUGACUCUUCAAAGCUAGAAAAGAAGAUUGAAGUAAUCUGAAGUAUUUUUGGAGUAAUGAUAUCUUUAAGGCAUCUCUUUUCUUCUGUAGUACACUGAAUCUAGUUUAUCCCUGCUAUUCCUUUCAGCUAAACACCACUAAACUUAAUGAGAGCCUGCAGUGGCACCUGACAUCCUUGCUACAUUGCCUGGGAAGGAAGGUAGAAAUUUCACAGUGAGGUUACCAGGUAAUGUAGAACCUAUAAUGUUAUGGAGUUACCUACAUUAAAGAUAGAGAAGGAAAAAGGCUUUUUUUCCCCUAUAAAAAGGCAGAAAAAAGGUUUAUUUAAAAAAAUUCUAGGCCGGGGGGUCACAACAUAGUGGCUUGAAAUAU